AUGAACUACAACCUUACUCAUACCGAUCAAUGUCCUGCCGGUGACUGCGUCCUGCCUGUAGACGCCAAUAUCACCCUUUCGAGGCUGGGCCUCGGUAACCUGGUGAGCGCGAGCGUGUCAAUCGAUCUGUAUCCGAUCUACAGUGCAGCUGGCAUCAGUCCAGCCAUCUUUCAUAGUAACACCCAGCUCAAGUACACCAUCAUCAGGGUGAUAUUUCCAAGUACUUUCAAUAUAUCCGACUCGGUUGUAAAUAUAGAAGGUGGAGGAAAGUUUGGAGAGGGCGUGACGGGUCUGGAUGGUAUCACCAGCCAAGCAGGGUUCUUCAAGAACACUCCAAUUUCUAAGGGGUCGUUGACGAUUGAGCCGGCAGUGACGGAUACGACAGAUGUUGGAACAUCGUUUGGUUCCUCCGACCCUUGUAGCAGCCCUCCUUGCACCAACAUGUUUGAGAUGACGAGCUAUGCCAACACAGACCUUGAGGUGCAAUCUUCCGUUGCGAGGGGAACGAUUCAAAGGAUUCGCUUCUCAAUAUCAGGAAUCGUCAACCCUCUCUAUACUCCUGGUGAACUUCCAGGAGCUCUCCAAGAAAGGAAAGUUCAAUUUGGAAUCCAGAUUUUUGAUGCAACCGAUGAGCUUCGUGGAACCACGAAAGUUCCCAGCUACAAGAUGAAAUUCUACAACAAUCGUAUCAAUGACCCUCAAUUAAACCAGACAACACAUUACUGGUUCAGCAGAACUGGGAAAACUGCUAUAAAUCUCACAACGAACGAAUUCUCAAGAGUCAACAUGUCGGUAGCUUCACCCCUUUCUUCGGAGCUAACCUUUGCGAAUGUGACUUUUAAGACUGUCACAAGUAUUCCAAAAGGCGGUAGCAUUCGAGUUCGGUUUCCCUCUAAUUUCAACAUCCGUCCCUCAUCAACGAUAUCCGGAACGGUCACCGAUGUCAGAAGUGCUAAUGCUCGAAUCGAUGUCAUUGGUACAUCAUACCUAUUGCCAACAGAAUCAAGCAUUUUGCUACGCAACAUUCAAAACUCAAUUGAUCGCAAUCAGGAUGUCACUUUGAAUAUCACCAACGUUUUUACUCCUUCACAAUUUUCAUCUGGUGCUGUACAAGUGGAGAGCUGGAAUGAAAACAACUUUACAUUAGAUUACGGCAUCAGCAAUUCAGUUCCACUGCAACCAAAUUAUGUUAGGAAUUUGAACAUUGGACUAAGCUCCUAUGAGACUGGAAAGGAAAAUGUGAGCGUGACCAUCUCAUUUCAGAUCAACAACCUCUUGGCAAACAACAUGAGUAGAAUCAGUUUGCGCUUUCCCACUAGUGACUUGACGCUUGUGAAUGAGAAGCCUACGCUAAGCAUAAUGAUUCCAUCCAAUUCUCAAUUCCAGGAUUGCAGCCCAUCGUUACAACCCGACCCUAUGUAUAUCCUUGUUGAAGUUUGUAUCCUCCAGCAAAUUGAUGCGACAAGUGAGAUUUCUUUGGAGGUAGGCGGCUUUCGUAAUCGGCUUUAUGCGGGGAAGUUCAUGAACAGCAUUUCAAUUGAGACGAAGGAAAUGAUAGGAUCUAGCAUCCGUAUGUUGGACAUUGGUGCAGGCAAACCUGCUCAAAAUCUUGUCCCCUCCGGUUUGCAAAGCUUGAAGGCUUCGUUUCCCCAGACAACUGAUAGGAUCGGAAAUUUGACUGUGACCUUUACGAUCAGCAUCGCCUUGUCAAAAGCUAUGUCAUCUAUGGAUAUCAGUUUGACGCCAGAAUUUCAAUUUUCGCAGAAUGCUGUCGCUUAUCUUGAGGGGAGUCGCAUUUCCUCCUUCAAUCAAUCCUUCGUUUCAGUAGACCUGACUGGAGUGUCUUUGGUGAAGGGAAUCCAGUACUCACUCGUGAUUGUCGGUGUUGUUUCCCCUUAUUAUACUGUAGACAGAAUUUUGAAUGUAACAACCCGCACUGGUGAUUCUAAACCUCUACCAGCAAUUCAAGCUGGAACGUAUCUUGAUGGUGUUCUGCAAGCUGUGCAGGUACAACAAAUUGAAAUGAGUCUUACCCCUCUUGUGAGCGGAGCAGAGUCCACGUGGAAGAUCAGCUUUGUUUGCAACAAAGAAGUUCCAGCUUAUGGUGGAAUUCAACUUGAUUUUCCAAAUGGCUUCAACUUCAUGUCUGCCAACGUGAUCAGGAAGCAGAAUCUUACAGAGGUGGACGAUCGACUUUGCAGUCAGAACCUUUGCAAUGUGAGUUUUUAUUGGAACGAAACCUCCCGCAUGCUCAUGGGAAAUUUUUCUCUGGAGUACAAAAAGAUAUACUCCUAUUCCGACUAUGCUCUAACUGGCAUCAGCGGAAGUCUCAAGUUGCAGGUCUUGGGGAAUUCGCUGGAGAUGAUGCUUGUUGAUCGUGUAAUGAAUGAGACCUGGCACCCGCCUUUGCUGAGGCUGAAGAACUGUAUGCACAUGGAGGCUCAGCAGUGUCUUCGACUGUGUACUGCAAGCAUUAUUGCGAACUGCUCAGAGGUUAUCCGCGAUUCCUACUGGGACAACGCUACUGUUCCAUCCAAGCCUUUGUCGGUGGGGUCUAGGAUUGAAUUUCAAUUGGAACGUGCAUACAAUCCUAGAGUCAGUGGGUUGACAGGAACCUUCGUGCUGAGAACCUUCUUGAGCCCUUCGAAAUUUCUUGAGGCUUCUCAGUAUGAUGGAUUUUUCUUGGAACCUGCACUCUUAAGGAAUCCAUUAAUUCAGCUCAAUGACAGCAACGCCUAUGCAAUGACCUCUUUUCAAAUCCAUUUUGAUCUUUUCAAUGUUUUUUAUCCGUAUGAUAUGAUCAGGAUCAUGUAUCCUCCAUACUUUCAUUUUUCACCUACUGAAACCUCCACUCAGUUACACUGUGAUGAUUCGAAUGUCGAUGAUGAACUUGCUCUGAUUGAUAGCAACUCGAGCUAUGUGUUGCUACAACGAAAAGGACUAUCGAUGACGACUUGCCAAGGCAGAGUAUCCUUUCGCUUGGCUGAAAUUCAAAACAGGAAUGGAUCAGCUGGAGAUUCAGGAUCUUGGGUUGUAGAUUCUCUUGCAUCGCAAUCAAACAUCACGAUGGACAAGGGGAUUUUCAGUGUGCAGUUGACAACUGCGCAUUUCAAGUCGAUCAAGAUGGACAUCACAGCUUUGAACAAUGAAGCGCCUAUCGCCGACCAAGAGGUGAAUGUUACCAUCAAGCUGCAAGUAAAUCAACCAAUGGUUCCUCCCGAUUCUAGAAUUGUGAUUGAUUUCGGUCCUGAUCUUAUUGUAAGGAGCGACACAAAGGUGGAAUUUGCUUGCAAGGAGCCUUAUGAUUACAUCGAUUAUUGUCCAGGAGCAUCUUGGAACUAUACUUGCCCUUUCACUGUUCUAGAUGUUCACAAGACAGGAACAAAUUUAUUGGAAAUCAAGAGGCAACGAUGGUCCGUCUUACAUGAAGCAAUUGGCAAGAUUGCUGAAGAGGAUUCGUACCUCACUUUCCAAAUCUCACCAUUGGAUACUCGCAAAACUGCUGGACAAAUCCAGAGUGUCACAGUCCAACAUGUUGCAUCAACGGACCGAGGGUUGGAGAUCUAUGAACAAGAUGCAGUCAGUGUCUACGAUUUGUCACCCUGCCUGAAUUCAGCUCAGGUCGUGCUGUCUGCACCGGGGUUGGGCUCGCAAACACUUGUCACUGUCACGAUGACGAUGUGUAACGAUCUUAGCACGGAGGAUAGGAUCGGGCUUUUCUUAUCUCCAUUCAUCUCUUGUCAUGACGAAGAUUGUGACAGCUUCAGAGACGCUGCAAAGUACUCAAUUGGAUCCGACUUCAGCGUGACUAUGGGAGUGCUGGAAUAUGUUGGUUAUCACUUUGGGACGGUUUCAGAUUCAUCAGUUCAGACUGUACAAUGUAACAAUCAAGAUGGUUGGGAUACUGGUUCAAAGUUGCCAGGACUUUUGUUCAAGCCUCUUGCACCUAUUGCGAGUGGCGGGUCAAUCACCUUCACUUUGACUGGAAUUCGCAAUCCCGUUGUCAACCCCCAGUACCCUCCAAGAGCAUACUUGCAAACUUUGAGUAACUCACUGAGAGUGUACGGAUCAUUGUGCACUGCUUUCACACCUGUUGGAGGACUCCAACUGCCUGCAGACUUCCAAACAGGCUCAUGGAGCACUGUCAGCCCCAAACUGACAUACUCCCAGAGCAAUUUCUCUCUCACUUUCAUUUCACCCUUCAAUGUAAAUACCAACAGCACCAAAGUGUUUCUGCAGCUUCCUGAAAUCUACGAGUGGAUAGAUCCAAGGAUAAUCGAGCUGCGCGUGGACUCGAUCAAAGUUCACACUGCUGUACUAUCAAACGUCACCCAAACUUCCUUGACUGUUGACAUCGGCACUGUCAACUCAACUGCCGCACGUGCUGAUGUGCGAAUCUUGAUCUCUGGCGUACAAAAUCCAACUUACGAGGAAAGCUCGCCUCUUCCCGUCAACGUGUCAAUUGAGACUGAUCAAGGUCAGCAGACAGCGGCUGUCUUCGGUUUGAGUAUCAAAGCUGUACCCUUGCAGCAGGUUUCAUCCGGUCAGACUGCUGUGCAUACUGAUGAACAGUCUACCUUUACUUUUGCCUUCACCCUCUUCUCGCAAUGGAACUUGCAGGAUAGUGUCAGGGUAUCAUCUCUUGAGAUGUUUGGAACGAAACUGAGUUCUGUUGCCAUUCAAUCUGUCAACACGACUGUGCUAGCCAACAAUGACGCUUUAAGAGGAGUGGAAGGAUCAAAGUUGCUCUGGAUUACGCCAGCUGGUUCAAUCCUGUCGGGCGAAGCCGAAACCCAAGGGUCGGUUUUGUUUGAAUCAGGGUCAAGCUUCCAAAUAAACUUUAAAUUGGGAACAGUUACUGUCUUGAAACUCUCUCCUUCAGAAGACCAGUUCCAGAUCAACUGUACCAACAACACACAGGCUCCUCCUCUUCGGAAUGACACUAAUUGCACUUUUGAGCUGAAUUCAGUCACUUCCAUCCCAGCGCACUCCAGGGUUGCCUUCUCUGUUGGGGGAUAUAAGAGCGCGAGGGUGGGAGGCAGUUUCGAUUUUACCGUCGAGAUCUGUUAUUCGACUACCACCCAUGUAAUGCAGAGGCAGAGUGCAAACAGUCUCGGCACCAUCUUGCCUUCCUUGGACUCGGCAGUCCUCAACUUCACCUACGGAGGCAGGGAGGCUGCUGUCGGAGAAAACGCAGAUCUCAGCUUUGAAGUCUUCCUCGACCCAAACGUUCCGGGCCAGAACUUGAAAUUGAGUUUCCCUUCUGGCUCGAGAGGUUUCUUGGGCGUUGAAUCGAUCACUGUCAAGGACUCUCCCAGUGUCACUCUUACAUCAAGCACUGCCAACCAAGUCAACUUGCAGCUGCCUGUGAACAGCCUUGCUUCAAUUCGCUUCACACUACAAGGGUCUUCACUGAGGUCUCCCCUGCUGUCAGGAUGGAGUGAUUCCAUUCAGAUCACAGCUUCUCGAAGGUCGGACGGCAGACUCAUCAAGACGGCGUUCGCUUCUGGAUUGUUGGCAUCUGUCAACUCCUUGAACAGUUCAAUCUUCCCCCUCGACACCGCAGCGCGGUUCGGAGCUACUCUGAGUACUGUACAUAACCACAGAUAUGCGGAUAUCGUGAUUAGAAAUCAUCAACUGAUCCCCAAGGACGGCCAGUUUGCCUUCAGUUUUCCAUCCGUGUACGAUGCUGUCACUCCUGUUUGCAACGGAGGGCCCCUGUGGGGAUGUACGAGCGUUGCUGAGUGCGUGGAGGGAUGCGAUGAGAAUCUUACUGUGGUGAAGGAUCUUACGUCUGUAGUCCUCAACCGGACAGUCAACGCGUACUUCAACUUGACGCUGCAAAGGAGUGGAAGUGGGUUGGACAUCGCAGCAGGAUCAAUCGUUCGUCUGAGGUUGUACAAUUUCUCGAACAAGGGAUUCCCUCAGGAGGAAGGUCCGAACGCCACCCUCGACAUGACGUUGAGAUAUAACUUCGAGUUGGCCACGGUGACAUCCGAAGGGUAUGCCAUUGAGACCGGGUCAAUGAUGGACUUCAAUGUGACAGCAUCAGAGUUCGAAUGGCUUGACACCUCCUGGAGUACUCAAACCGAUCCAGCUCCCUUGCUCUGCCCGCUUAAGCAACCGGGAAGCCCAUUGAGCAGCGAGUAUCCUGGAGCUCGAACUCACUUCACUUACCUGAGCCUCAAGACAACCAAUGAGAUUGUUUCUGGGUCCACCCUCAGGUUCACUUUCUCAUCGGCAGAUCUUCAACUUGUCACGAGCACAGUGAACGCUUCGCUCGCCAUCUUCCGCUGCACCAAUUUGUCGAGCAGCGUGGCUCUUCAAUCUACCUUGUCCGCUCUCCGGGUGUCCGAUCGAGAUUCUUGCAAUGGAACCUUCCAGAACUUCUCGUUUAAUGCCAACGUCAGUAAUGGUAAGGUGGUUCUGUCCACCGUGCUUGGUACCUCCGUUCCCCCGGACACCCCGAUCACCUUCUUUGACAUAGGAAAGGCUACUGACGGCCUACACAGUUUCCGGAACAAGAAGAUAUCUGGUGCGCAUGGCAUGUACAUGUUAGAGACCGUGGAUCCAUCGGGAGCCCUGAUUCACCAUCAGACUUUUUAUCCUGCUUACUGCCUCAAUGGUCAAACAACACGAGUCGUUACCAGGAAUUAUGACCUCACGUCCAACUUCUCGGUCUCGGUGACCACGGAUGUAGCAGGGGAAGUUGCGGACCUGUAUCUGAAGUAUACUUACUCUUCCAUGGUUGACCUGCCGUUGUUCCAGUCCGACAACUACCUGGUGAUGUACUUCCCGCCUGACUUCCAGGUUGACACGGCUGUAGCCGAAGCAUGGUCAGCGACCAUCAUGAGUGCUGGUUACAGCAUAGCCCCUUCGGCUUGUUUUGUGGAGUCAUCGAUAGUCAGUUCACCAUCAGUGGGAGCUGGACGGAUCUACUUCAGAUUGACCGCCUUGCGCUCUGACAACGUGAUCAACAUAAAGAGCUACAAGAAUCCUUCGUAUGCUCUAGGAUACACGGAUGUAGUCAAUCAGUCGCCGAUGAAAGGAACAUUCUUCUUCGAAGUCUAUGUCAAGUCAGGCUCAUGCUAUCACUCGUUUGCCAGCGGAGAAUGGAAGUCCACGAUUGUUCCUGGUACCCUUUCUUCACCCGAACUCUUCCCAGCAGCUCUUCCUGCUGGAGGAGCCAAGGUCUCCCUUCAGAUCAAGUUCAAGACUGCCAACAUCGUACCCGAGCAAGCAACCUUCAUCAUCCGGUUGCCUUCUAAGGUGCUUCUCACGGACAAGUCAAGAAUCGUUCCCAGCACUGAGGGAUACAUCUUCACUGGCUCACUUGACUCGACGAUUGACAACCAGACUCAGUACUUGACCCCCUAUCAGUGCAGCUCGUCAACGUUGCAGUACUGCCCAGGGCCCCAAGAAAACUUUUCGUACUCAGUGCAAGGCUGUGCGACAUGUCAGGUCCAAACGAUCGGCGGUCAAUACAUUGCAGACUCCCUUGUAGCGACGCGCAGCGUGAGGAUGUCAAACCAGACGUACGUAGUGCCGGAUGUGUGUGAGGCUCCGAACGUGACCGAGAUGGAGCCUGGAUCCUUCGUUAUUCCAUUGGGCUGUCAUUUGAACGGCACCAACUACUCCAAUCAAUCGACUGUCAUAGUCUACAGAGAGGUGCCGACUCCCAUAGCUGCCAAUCAAACUCUGUCAUUGACCGUUUUCGACAUCAUUUCGCCAGAUGAGUUUAACAUCUUGCCUGGGAACAUUGAUGUGCAGGUUUGGUCUUCUACGCAGCAUUCAGUCAUUGACCGGAACAAUCUGAUUGCACUGCAGGCCACAGGAAAGGGAUCUUUGGUUGGCUUGCUGGCAUACUUGUCGAAUAGCUACGUCGGUCAAAGCACGACUAUGUAUGUAAGCUUCACUAUCCCUGGAAAAGUGAAUUUCCCUUUUAACAUCACGCUUGACAUCGAUCAGACUAUGACCGUGACAAGCCCCAUGCUUGACUUGAACUUGUCUUACACUUACAACAUGAGUGGGACGCCAAUGGUCACUGCUGUCACUGGUUCGACUCGUCUUACCUUCAUGGUCAAUCCAGUGGACAAGUCGAGCGACGUCAACACAAAUGUCAUGCUGACGAUCUCCGGACUCAAGAAUCCCACUGCAGGAGGAGGCUACAAUCUCAUCAGAAGUCUUGCGAUUAGGAAGCUUAUCAGUGGUUCGAUCCUGACCAUGUACGAUGCCCCAUCAUACCCAGUCUUCAACAUAAAUCCGGAAGGCUGCGCCAUCAACGCUGCCUUCACCGUCUUGCCCUUGUCGACGGCAGAUGUCGUCAACCUCACUGUAUCCUUUGACCAGAACUACAACAACUCGGACGGCCUCAAUUUCUCUGUCAGUGUUCCCAGCGACCUGCAGCCAUCUGGAACGAUCAGACUGUUUUCCAUCCUAGUGAAUCAAGUGACGAGGGCACCUUCACAAGUCUCCGUCAGCCUGUUUGCAAGUCCUGGAGGCUCCAUCGUCGUAGGAAGAGUGGCUGGUGUAUCGUUCCUGUCCUGCCCCUGCUCCAUCAAACUUGUCCUGGGUCCCUUCCAAACCCCUCGCGUUCAACCUCCCUUCCAGUUGACCAACUUCAAGUUUCGCGUCCUGUCCAGCAACAACUUAGCACCAUACCAGCUUUCCAGUUGGGGACAGUCGCUGUCGUGGAGCUCAGAGCUCUCGAGGGUUGUUUGCCAGUCGUCAAACGCGUCGGUUACUCUCAGUGGAGCAGGACCGAUAACAAACCUGAUGACGUUUAGCCUGACAACUCCGACUCUCGGAUACUGGAGCAAUACUGAGAUCUCGUUUAUCACGCCUGUUGAAGUUAAGAAGACAUCCAAAAUCAUCUUGAAGUUUCCUGCAAACUCAGUAGCAUUUUGUCGGCAAUCAAGGGUCAACUUCCCUCAAAUCGACUAUCCAAUAACACAAGGCGCAUUCGCGAGCAAGAGCCUGACUGAAACCAAUACUACUUCAGCCUCCUUGAAUGUCACGUUCCCUGUGAAAUGUGGUUACCCUUCUAGCCCCACCAUUCUGAUCAAUCCGAUCACACCCGACACAAUCCCAGCAGGUGUAAGAGUCAGCAUCAACAUCUCUCUUAUACGGAUGCCUGUCACCCCGAUCUCCAUGACCCUCGAGGUUCAAAUUUACAACGGAACUGUUGGUUACUCGUCGAGCGAUGGAUCAAUCAGCCCAGCUUCAGGUGUCGUCCUCCAGGCGUCUGGACUCUCCACGUGGGCCACUGGCUUCUCAACGGUUGACCUGCCAAAGAGCAACGUAUGGAUCUACCCUGAGUCGACGUUUGUCAGUGCAAGCACCUCCUUCAACGUUCUGUAUCACAGCCGAACGGGCGUACCUUCGGAUGGCUACAUCGAGGUAGACUUUCCGGACGGGUUUGAUAUUUCAGGAGCUUCGCUUGCCGGAGCUGCAAUAAGUGGAAAUGCGACGAGGGUGCCCCCUGGAAAUUUCAGAAUUUCGUUAACUGCAAGUUCCAACAACUAUGCUUCAAGAACCAUCUUCAUAAUGAAAACAGUUUGUCCGGUCCAAGAGGUGUUUUCGAGGGAUAUGACAACUAUUCUUCCAACAACAUUUUUUACAUACACUGGAGGAGUGCCCAACAAUCCAUUUCAACAAUGUGUCAAUGCCGGUUAUCAGACGACGACCGUCGCCUACAACUCUAUCCCUGACCCGCAAAUUCUUGACGUUGGUAAAGAUAUCACAGAGACCAAUGUCAGGUACGCUAUUGACAAUGUCGGAACUUCGACCACCAUUGAGCGGGUGGGAAAUCGAACUCUCCGCGUGAGAGGCUUCGCCAACAGCUUCCCUCCCUACAAUCUUGUCAACAUCACCUUCAGUGGAGUUCGCAAUGGACCCCUCGCGGGGGUUGCGAAGCAGAGCUACGUCCUUCGCUCCUACGACAAGAAUGGCAACCUGCUGGAGAGAGCGUCGGACAUCACCCCUACCAACCUCACCAAAGUGAGCACCAACGCCUUCGUUCGCUUGCAAGACUACACUGCCCACGCUCGUGGUAGUUUCUACUUGUACCUUGCUGCUGUGAACCCGAUUUUUGCUGGACAAGUCAUCAUCGUCUACUUCCCUAGUGGGUUUGACGGAGCUCAAACGAUCACACAGGCUGUUGUGCCCCCCAACGAUGAGCUCCUUGCAAACCGACCCAGCUGGCUCCUCAAUAAUGUGAGCGUGCAGACAUCUGUACAGCUUGAGGUGGUUGCUUCUGGCUGUGUAUCCGAUUGUAACGUCUUGCGCUUGCGACUUCUGUCAAACGUCGCGCGCGGCAACACGAUGUGCCUGAAGCUGAUUGGAUCCCUGAAGAAUCCCGUCAGGCCAACGACUGUGACCAACUUGACUGUAGUUGUGCAAGACACUGGCGGGGUAGAUCAGAUGUUAAACCAAAGUGUGCCUGGUUUCUCCAUAACGGCAGGAAAGUACAGCAGCAUGCAGCUCACCACAAACAACUCAGUUGUCGGGGAGUUCUCAGAGCUUCGGUUCCAAUGGAAUGCGGAGUCAGGCAUCUUUGCUUCUGACUACUUCGAGCUCAAAGUGCCCUCGGCCUAUCAGUUCCUUUCAAAGGGAACGGCGACCCAGGAAGCCAUUCAAGUCAGAAGUCUCUCCAAUCUCCGCGGAAUUCUAUCUGUCGUCUCUGUGAAUGGAAGCUCCAUCAUCAUCCGCCGGAGCACUACGAUCACCAGCAAAGAUGUUUUCGUCAGCUUUUCGCUUGGACCCUUCAUCAACAGACGAGAAUCAUCUACUAACUACAACAAUCAAAGCAUCGUCCCAGGAAGUUUCACUCUGACUCUCUUCGAUGUCAACAACAAGUCCAUUGAAAGCUCUGAUAUCCUCGGGCCAUCCCUGACUGCCAAGUACGUUGACGUGAGCAUCAACUUCGCUAACACGGAAUCGGCUACUUUGUCCAAUCUCACCUUUACUUUGACUUUGUUGCGUUCCUUCACAUUCACGGACAGGAUCAUGGUCAUUCUUCCACCGGGCUUCGCUGUCAUACCGCAGAUCAGCUGCUCGUUUACCGUCAACAGCGGUUUGACAUCGACGUGUUCAGUCUUUGACAAGAAGGCGAUCAACGACGUGAGCCUCUACGUGGGCCUUGAGUUGAGGAGCUUUGGAAACAUUUCCUUGGGUCAACAGCUCUCCUUCACCCUUUACAAUGUUCUGAAUCCAAAGGCAGGACGGCAGCUGACGGGAGCCUUCUUACUGAUGACAACCAACAGCGCUUGCAGCAUCGCAUCACUGCAGUCCUGCUACUCUACCAUCCUAUCCAACUUCCGUGCGAACAAGGACUAUCAAAUAACUGAAGGAGGGAUGAAGUCGGGCACAGUUUCCUUCACAUACUCCCUUACUGGAGAUCAAGUGUUGCUCUCUGUUGACAUGACAACCCGCAAUCCGUUCCCAGCUGGUGGAAGUGUCGUGGUCAGGCUUGCUCCGGGAUUCCUCGCGCUCAAUGGUGUGAGAUAUUGUUCUUCUCUGCUGGCAAAUGAGAUCUGUGGAGACCCGUGCCAGAAUGGAGUGAACUGCCCCAUCGGCUUGAAGCAAGAUGUAGCUGUUUCCUUGGCUGACUCGGGCCGACAGAUAGUGCUUCUAAAUAGCAUGCAGCCCACUCUAUACUCCAUCUCAAGCUUGUCGUUCUUGCCGGGUCUGCAAGAUCUUGCCGCCACCACCGAUCGCUUGUACGUCCCUGGGUACGACGGCGUUCGCAUUGCUUUCAACGUUUCUGCCGUUCGAACUCAGCAGAUCUCAGGCAACACGGGUCUCUUUGACGUGUACACAAGAGAUUCAAAUGGCGUGAACGUCGAUCGGUUGACUUCCUAUGCUGAGACUCGAUUCCUCCAGCCUAACUUCUUGCAGUCGACUCAAGUCGUGCCAUUAAGUCUCGCCUCAGGCCUAGUCACAGCCUUGUAUGUUCGCUUUGACAACUACAAUCCCAUCCCUCUGGACGGUAAGAUCGAGAUCACUGUGCCGUCAAGCUUUGGCCUCAGCAACGUUCGUAUCCCUUCCGGAGUGUUCCCGGACUCGCUUACCACGAGGUAUCUCAACGGAAACAUCAACAUCACAAGAAUCAACAUUUCUUCUAUCUUCCUUUCCCUCGUGGAUCUCAAUUUGUCCGUAGCUGCGACCACUCAAGUCCGGUUGUUCUUGACGGACAUCCAGAACCCUCAGCAGCAAGGAUCGUACUCGAUGCCAAGGUUGCGCACUCUCUCAGCAGGAGACAUCGUUAUCGAUCAAGAUCUUCAGGUGCUCACUAAUUCGAUUCUCCCUCCUGUCAUUCAGACAACCUCGGCAUCCUCUUCCAGCCCCGUGGCUGGGAUGGAUGAGGAUCAGAAGUUCAGUUUCCAGGUUCGCAAGCUCGUCAACGGAUAUGUCAGAUUGUCAUUCCCGUCAUCCUUCACUUUCUUGAGCGACGUCGUCCCCGUCACGCAGAUCAAGAGGGAUGGGACUUCCUACUGCCUUAACAACUGCCAGAUAUUGGCAUCUGUGACUCCAUCCAAUGUGGAGCUCUUGCGCGUUCAAGGAAUCUCGCCCUUCUCAGUCUUUGCUGAUCAUCUGCAGACCGUGACUGUGUAUGGAGCCGGUUUCGUCUCCCAAUCAGGUCAAGUGACUCCCGUCUUGGCAGGCGAGCCACUUCAUGUCAACUCCAUCACGGAUACAGAAAUGCUGGUGGUUGUCGAUUGCCCUAAAAGCUCCUACUGCAGCAUUGUCCAAUCUUCGGACAGGACUUCUUUGCCGAUUGAAGUUACCUUCACGACAUCUAAGAACCUAUCCUUGUCCUCUUCUGACAACGUCAAUAUCACCCUCUACAAACCUGUUCCUGGUGCUUGCCCGAACAAUUGCGGAGGAUCUAAGAAAGGUGACUGCAUAACGUCUGUGUGCAAUUGCCGCUAUCCGUGGACAGGGAUUGAUUGCAGCACUGCUCCAUUCAUCCGCAAGGUCUCACCAAACUUCGCCAGUUCAGCAGGAGGGACCGUUGUCGAACUGUCUAUGAAGAGUGAAUAUGCGCUCAGUGGACUGGAUAGGAGCUACAGAUGUAUCUUCGACACCAAGAUCGUGACUGCGACGUACGACAGCACGAAGCAGACGUUGAAGUGCACUGUCCCUCCGAUGACAAGCAAAGAUGCUAUCUUCAUCGAUGUUUCCAUCGAUCAAAGCUUGACCUGCGAGAACGAAGGCUGCUGUUUUACCACUGAUCCUUGCUUCACUGGUUCCUUGUCAAAUCGACCAGUUCGGUUCAACUAUUACGAUGCCGCCUCAAUACAGACAACCGGCUUCCUUGACUUUGACCCGAUGUAUCACGCUCACGUCUUCUCACACGGGUCCCAUGCAGGAUCCGACCUACCUCACGCACACAUUGUGCGUGUCGGCGAGCUCAUCAGCGGGACAGUACAGGAUGCGACGACGUACGGCUUCCACCUCCAGCCUGGAAAUGAUUGUGUUCAAGACUCAGGCUGCGUUGGCUUCAUGGUUGUCUUCCAAGGAAGCAACUUCCAGCAGACUGCACAGAUCUUGAGCUACUCGCAAGCAGACAGGUACGCCACCAUAUCAGAGAUCGCUGCGGCUCCAUCGGCUGGCUUCCAGUACACCAUCGGCCAGUACCUCGUGGCGAGAUCAUUGACCGUCGAUCGAUCAUGCACGUGCGAGCGAGGCAGCUUUGACUGCCACUGCUUCAGCACAACAGGAUCCCACGACCACGUCUUGAUCCACCGACAUGGCAACAGCAUAGCAUCACACAACCACAUGGUUGAAGUUUCAACUCCGGCGUUAGCCACUCCUCCUCCCCUUGCAAACUUGAGCAAGACCAAACAGAUGGACCAAUCGAUAGCAAGGCUCUUUGCUGCAGGGCCAUAUGACCUCGUCCCGUGGGAGUUUGUACAAGGUUUGAAAGAUUUCAGGAAUCUUGAAGAAGACAUGAUCCGAUCGACCGGUCAAGAUGUUGAGUUCAAACUGCCCUUCGACGUCAACUCCCAACAAACCCUCGACAUCACUUUGAACAGCACAGGCUUUAUCAAGAUGCGGCAGAGCGCUGGACCCACGGGAACCUUUGCAGUCCGUACAAUCGACUACUCCCAGCAGACAGCAUGUCUCAAGUCUGCCCGCACGUGCAAUGUUGUAGUGGAGAGAGGCAUCCUGGUUCCUUCUUUCUUGAUUUCUACCGGAAGCAUGACGCUAUCGGUCGCUUCAAGUCGGUCAAGUGCUGGAAGUCUCUGCGAUCUCAUCCUCACUUUCAAGCUUCAGAAUCAGAUCCCACCGCUCAACGGCAAUGCAGGUUAUCUGGAGAUCUUUCUUCCCAGGGCGAUCAAGGCUGACAAGGCAACAAGCUCAGUUUCGAAGUGUGGAAGUUCCUCCUGCGGAAAUCUUGAUGCUGUUCCUUUCUUCUUUUCUAUUGUGCAGUGCAGCUCACCUAACUACGCCAGCACUUCUCCUUGCAUGAGCUCUACCAACAGUUUGCUCAGUUCCAAGUAUCCAGACAUAUUCAGUGACAGUCAGAUCGUUCGCGUGCAGCUGGACGGCAGCCUUCCCCUGGGGGAGCUUGUCUCCUUCAAGGUCUCAAACGUCCGUCUCCCCUCCUUCUCUGGGUCGACAGGUUCCUUCUACUUGAGAUCGACAGUAGCGGACGGCAGUGUGGUUGACUCAGGGACUGCGGCUGGUGUGACCGUGACUCCUGAAGCAUUUGUGUCCGGCAGUCUUGUGCAGAGUGACAGUGCAAUCUUGGCACUCAGUAACUUCUCCAUCCAGUUCGCCACCGUCGCUCCCCUCGCGCAGGGUUCGGCAUGCAAGAUUGAGUUUCCUGCUCGAUUUGACCUGGCGGCCGUAACAGUGAUGGCUGGGAACAGCUCCUUGAAUUUCAGCGUCAACAACCGAAGUGUCACUUUCACUUUCCCGCCCGAGGAACUUCAAGGCACCUCCUUCCAAGUUGUGCUGGAGAACGUCAGGAACCCAGACUUCGUCGGGGAUGCUGGUAGUGUCCGGGUAUCAACUUUGUUGCAGGAGGGAAGCCCUUACGAGUUGCAGGCUUUCUCGUCGCAGACUCUCACUGUGCGGUCAUCUCAGUUCCGCAACGUCAACAUCGACCUGACCAACACGCUGACUUCCUCGUUCUCCAACAUCAACUUCUACUUCCAUUCUCCCAUCGCCCUCAAUUACGGCACCAGCUUGCGGGUCAUGUUUCCUGCAGGAUUCUCCAUCAACUGCGGAAAGAGCAUCGGUACUCUGACCUUUGCACCAGGCUGCGAGUCAGUUUGGGAGGCUUACAACUACGUCGGGAAGAAUUGUACCGGCUUGCAGUGUGACAGCUGCCCCAUCGCAUACAUCAUUGCAGACAUUCCUUCCUGCGUAUCAAGUUCCGACAUUGUUGCUAACUUCUCAAUUGCAAGUGUCAUCAACCCGAAGUUCGAUGGAAGAUUGGGUGGAUUUACGCUCAGACUGGAGCAGAAGGGUAGUGUGUUGGUGUUGAGCUCGGGUAUGCCAGUUCCCAACUUGUACCUGCAUGCGCAAGAGCUGCUUUCUGCAGUCACUCUAAGCCCUUCCUACGCUGGGAGUGACUCGGUAGUCACGUUACUUGUAAACAACUCCAACGGAAUCGUGGGAGGAACUUUCUUCGUGCUUGACUUUCCCGCGUUUUUCGAGAUCGACUCGACCAUGGUCAGUGUAGCACUCAACGGCAUGCCUUGCACGUGCAAUCAAGGCUCUACGGCUCAUGGCUGCUGCCAGUACGGCAGAGCGUUCUACUUCCGCCCGACGACCAGCCUUCCAUCCUCGGUCUCUUACAACCUGACUAUCACGGGAGUCAAGAACCGACUGUCUGCGGGAAGUGCAACUUUCAUCUUGCGCACGGCGAACGACUCAGACACGGUGAAGUUCACCAGUCAAGCUUUGAUCAACGCAGUCAUUGCUCCGUAUCCGCUGUCAAGUAGCUCCAUAGUUCCCUCUCAACGAGAGGUUGUUAAGAUCCAACCCAGUGGAGCGUCAAAGGGAGUGUUCGUAGCAACUGCGGAGUAUUAUGCUGGCUCCAAGAUGAUCGUGAAUGUGACCUUCGAACCGAUAGCUGGUCACACGUUCACAAACCUAAGCAUCGUUUUCGACGAUGGCUUCAACUUGGAGGAAGCUCAGGUUCUGAUGGGUCACCAGAUUGAGCACUACGUCAACAUUUCCCACAACUUUACCAAUGAAGAACUCUUCUGCUCCUCUCUCACUCAGGACUUCGCCCCCCAGUACGAGCUGUGCAGGGCCAAGGUCCGCUCUGCGAUCAACUUGCACUUCCCUGGCCCCAUCAGCGAGCUCCCCGCCGUCAUGCAGUUUCAGAUAUCUGGGAUCCAAACUCCGAUCAGGAGGCAGGGCGACUUGUUGGACCUUCGAAUCCAGACGAUCUCGUCUCGAGGGUUCGUGGUGGACGAGUACCUCUCCCAGAGCCGAGUGCUGCAGCCUGGCUCUCUCCGCGACCUGCAGCUCAGGAUGAUCCCCUCUCGCCAUGUGCCGUUCCCCGGCUUCAAUCAAAGCAUGUACCUCAACGUCUCCUUCACCUUCUCCACUGAGUAUUACCCGGAAAGCGAGAUCGUGCUGGAGUUCGGACUAGGGCUCCUGCAGAACUUUGACUUGACCAGCAUGAAGAUUCCAGAGACCUUGAACGUCUCUGAAGGAGGCAACUUUGAGUUCAUUUCGAUUGAGGCAGGUCUUCCUUCCAAGACAGUGAGCACAUUCAAUGUAGACGUCAACCUCAGCAACACGAACACGAGCAUCUCUGUUUCUUUCAACAGGUACUUCUAUCCGGGUGCUUCCGUCUGGUUCAUCCUCUCCGACAUUCGCAGAAUCGAUCCCAACGGUACUGUGAACGGCACAGUGAGUGAUGACGCGACAGUCACUCUGGUAGCGAAGAACCGUUCAUGCUCUGACCCCUCCUGCUACCUAGAGUCUGCAGUCGGUCUGAUCGAGUUCUACAACUUCAAUCAAACCUCUAAUUGCCCGACCGGCUCACUCGAUAGCUCAAGUCUGAUUGCUUGGACGCAGAGCUUGACCAGUCAGCUCGACUGUCAGAGCGAUCUGAAUAUGAUGAGCCCCGCCCCGCCUUCCGACCUCGCCUUGACAGCAACUGGAAACUUGACCAUGGCGAUCUCAUGGAAGAAUCCGAUGGCAGAUUACACCUCGAAUCAGAACUACUUCUACCUGGGCUAUGAGCUUUUGUUUAGAUUCUUCUCAGGCGCAUCGACUUUGUUCUCGGAGACUGAGUCUUAUCAGUGCUGUGCAGGGUACACCGAGUGUUGUAACUUCAUGGGUAUCGAUUACACUCCUGCCAACAAGUCCGGACCUCUCAACGGGAAAGGAAUCGGUCUCAGAAUAAGAAUCAAGAACGCCUACGGAUUUGGCCCGUAUAGCAGCGAACAGACUUCGGUCAUCGUCGGAGCCCCAUCAGCGCCUGCAAUGACGACUCGAAUUGUGGGAACGACUCUUGUCUUCAACCUUACAAUCCCCGACGAUAUGGGAGUAGGGGUACACGGUGACAGCUCGAACCCAUAUGCCGCGUUCGUACGCUACGAGCUCCAGUACAAGCUCGCAGACUCAAUCAGCUGGUUGCCUUUGACCGAGACCACGGGGAGCACCAUCGUUUGGCCUCUCUACACGGAGUUCUUAGAGGGCAAGAGUUACUUGUUCCGAGUGCGAGCUUUCAAUCGGAUCUCCCCCGGUGUCUGGCUGGAGACCGUCGAUCCUUUUGCGAUCACGGGCGUUCCUGAUGCUCCGGUGAUCAAGAGCGUAGCGAUGAGGUGGCUGAGAUUUGAGGUCACGAUCAACAACCCAGCGGUCAACGCCAGCAACAGGAGCUACUCCAUACUAGAAGCUGAGGUCAUCCAGCUGACUGAAAGCAAGUUUGUGACCUGCUGUAGCAGUCAGCCCUGGAUGGACUGCAGUCAAGAGAUGACCGAAGUCAGCUAUGACACGACCUACAACUUCUCCGUUACCAUCGCGGACAGUACCUUGGCCCGUGUCCCCUCGACCGACAACUACGUCUUCAAUGCGACCUCCGUCGUGUUCAGAAAGGCCUACAGGUUCCUGGUCAGAACGCGCAGCGUCGUAGGAUGGAGCAGCUGGUCUGAUUGGUCCGCCGCCUUGCAAAUGCAGUCCAACUACCUCCCGGCAGUGACGCAACCGGCAGUAGAGUACAAGGAGGCGAUGAAGGCCAAAGUUUCGUGGCAGGUCAACGACACCCUCACUCACGACUACAUCUUCAAGGUGACAGAGAAGCAUCUCCGCUCCUACCCCUUCACCGGCGGCGUGAGUGACGCAGAACAAGAGCAGAACUUGGCUACUCCCUCCAAUGAGAUGAGACCGGACUCCGACGGAUUUCAGUCCCUCAGGUCCUGGAAUGCUACGGAUGUCGAACACUUCGAAUUCGCUGGUCGGCAUUACAUCAUUGUUGCAAGUUACAACUCACAAAAGUCCUCCAACCCCGGAGCAACUACCAUCUACCAGAAGAGUUCAGCUUCUAGCUUCUUCGGUGGAGACUGUCGCGGAGACAAGGACGAAUAUUGCAACAACUACAAGGCCAACGAGGAGCUCUUUCCUAGUGACGUCACGUUUGCUGGCAACCUGUCAGUCCAUCAAGUUCUGUCCACCUUCGGAACGAGACGAAUCAAAGUUGUUAAGCUGAUCGAGGAGCAAGACAAGGUCCUCCUCUUCACCGUCAACGACAUGAAGCCUUCGGGGUAUGUUUGUGUAGAUGACAGCACCGGCAAGCCCGUCAACGGAACUUGGAAGGCCACCCAGUCGUGCAAUGUCAGCAUGGCACAACCCUGCACGUUCUCCAACGAGACUUGCGUGGGGAACCCCACCUUGCCCAUGGCGGCGGGGACUGAAGUGAUGGUGUAUGCUCUGCGACCUGAUGGCUACUUCUACUUCCAUCAGUCCUUGAUGCUGAGCAUGGCUAAGGAUGUGAUAGACUUCUUCGAAUGCAACACCACCAUGGUCACCUUCCCCCAGACCAACGGCAACGUCGAGGUGUACAGGUGGAGCAGGGAAAGUCAAUCUUUCGAACCAUUCCAAACCAUUUCAUCUACAGGCAGUCAGGCUGUUGAGCUCUUCAGAGAUGACAUGGGGCUGCUCUGGAUGUUCGUCUCUCACACUUCACCUGCAGAUUCCUCGGAGAAUGUCUACAAAUGGCACAACUGCUCGUUCAUAGCAAACGUCUCCAUUCCUGAGAUCAAUGGUGGAGCUUGCCUGCAUCACAUGAAGGUUGGAACUAGAGACAUGAUCGUCAAGUGCUCGGGCCAAAAUAUUUCCGUGCUGGAGCUGUCGAAAGAAACUGCAGUAGAGGUGCAGAAGUUGGAACUUGAAGGAAGCGUUCAAGUUCAACUGUUCUCCAUGAGGCUGAACAACGCGGUCAAUCAAUUUGGUCUUGUUGCUUGCAGCGGUUCCUUUCAUUCUAUGCUGAUCAAGUGGGAGAAAACCAUAGCAACCAACGGCGUUAUCUUGUUCGAAGGUUUUGUGGUCUUCAGAUACCUGUACACGGCAAAUCCUCAACGAUGGGCGGUCUUCCAAGCUGACAACAGCAUGUUUGCAGCUGUGGCCACUAUGAUGCACUACGAGGCAACUCCCGAGCAACCGUCUCAGAUCUUGAUUGGUUGUCAGCACAACGAUCCCUACUACACAUCUGCGGAAUCCUGCUGCGCCAAAGCUGGGUCGUUCUGUGUCAAUUCAGGCUCAUCGUACUUCGACUUGUUGUUCAAUGGCACCGCGUCGUUCAUCCCCGUCUUUGAGCUCUCGCAGUACAUCUGGCCAACGUAUCAAAUCGAGGAAUCUUAUGUGUGUAACAUGAGCACUGACAUCAUCUUGCAGUGGUCGAGUGCAGGUCCCUUAUAUGACACAUUUGGGGACUCCAGCAUCGUCUCCAUCCAAUCUUACAACUACUACGGACUCGGUCAAACGUCUCAGCCUGUUGACGUUCGAGGCAUCGAGCUGCCGUCAAAUCCCGCCAGCGUGACUGUGAUCAACGUCAAUGCCAAGACCCUUCAGAUCUCCUGGACUGCUCCGGUCACAGACGGUGAGAUCAGGCCGGCGGAUAGACAAGCGGACCCGAAGAAGAGGAUAAUUGACAACUACUAUGUCGUGCUCUAUCACUCCAACUGCAACUCUGUGAGUAGUGCCUCAGUCCCUGCCUACCAGGCGGUCGUCGACUACAACACCUUCAGCCGCACUGUGACAGACAGGAACUUCGUGACUGGCGACCAAUACUGCGUCUACAUCCGAGCUGGAAACCUCCUGGGGCUGAGCAUCGAGUCCAAGGCGGACAUAUACAUGCUCAAGAAACCAGGGCCUGUUGUGAAGUUUGAGGCAACCAACCUGCGUGGUCCGAUGUCAGUCUGCGUCUCUUGGGAGUUUCCGACGGAUAUUGGCUUCGGUUUGACAGAGACUCCAGCAGGUUUCACUGAUGUCGACAUUCAGUUCUUCCUGUCUACUAUUCCGAUACAAUUCUACCCUGAUGGAAGCUUCUCAAAUGCAAGCUUUGUGCAAAACUUUACUUUCAAUUACCAAGAUCCGAUGAACACUACCUUCGAUCAGAAAGAGCUGGUGAAAGGAAAGUUCUAUUACCUCUACGCUCGCUGUAUGAACAAGGCUGGUUACUCGGACGUGACCUAUGUCACGUUCUGCGCCAUCGACCUUCCCGAGCCUCCACAGCUUGAUUUAGCUCUCGUGUCUGGCUCGCUGUCUGUCAACGUCUCCUGGACGGCACCUAGUGACAUCGGGGUCGGCAGCGCCACGACCUGCCCCAACGUGUCGCUCUCGUGGUUCUUGGUCCAGGCAUCCAUCAAUGACAACUUCGCGCCCCUGGUGAUUUUUGACGGUUAUGAUUACGUCAAGCAGUAUCCCUCUCAGAGCUGGGUGCUGGUCCCCGGGCUGAAGAAGGCUGUCAACUAUUCCUUCCGUGCGUUCGCUGAGAACGUCGUCGGGUCAAGUCUGCACUCCAACACUCUCAACAGGAAGGCUGCGGCUCCCCCGUCCGCUCCUUUCAUCAACAGGACGAGCAACGUCAACCCCAACGCCAUCCUGGUCGUCCUGCUCCUUCCCUUAGACACAGGCUACGGGGAUACAUCGCUUGAGAUUUUGUCGUAUGACCUUCAGUUCUGCCCAACUCCUGACUUCGCAGGCCCUGGUCUCAAGGAGUUCUCGUCUCCUUACCUCUCGUCCGAGGGCUCUGGACUUGUACCAGGCACCAUCUACUACAUCCGAGCUGCUGCCGUUAGCGCCGCCGGUAGGGGAGCAUGGUCUACCACCACCUCUCGGAUCUGCGUCGGAAUCCCUUCGGCUCCUCGCAUCACGAGCGCUGUUGUGUCAGGACCUCUCGCUAUCUCCCUCCACUGGACGCGCCCGGUCGAUGCAGGAAUCGGCGCCAAUGUGCCGUUUCAGCUCACCCAGUACGCCAUCCAAGUUUCUGCACAAAGGAAUUUUGAUCCCUUUGCCGAGGCGAUCGUCGACUUUGACAUGCCAUUGGCUUCUCGGGAGUUCAAGAUCAUGAGCGAGAACAUCUCGUUGGCUUUUCAAGCAGGACGAGUGUACUUCUUCCGUGUGAAAGCUUACAACCUUGUUGGUGCUGGUGCCUUCUCUGGGUAUAGAACCUGCCGCGCAGCAGAUUUGCCGUCAAGCCCGCUUGACUUCAGUUUCGUGCUACAGCAGGGAUACUAUGUGUUCUCAUGGAAGUGGCCGGUGAAUACGGGCACGGGCGACAAUUCUUACCCUCUCGCCUCCUACAUCGUUAGGGUCAACGACACGGACUAUGACGUGGUGCCCCUGCGAGAAAGCUAUAGGUUGUCGACCAGCUCGUUGCAGCCCAACAGCCUGUACGAGUUCCGAGUCGUCGCCAAGAACCUGGCUGGCAUCGGCCCAGCAUCAGACCCUCUGCUUUCGCAGUUCAUGGGGAACGCUGUUGCUCCUCACAACCUCCAGGCGCUCUUGUGGUCGGGCUCGUCCAGUGGCCUCGCUGUCAACUUGUCAUGGGCGAUCGACUCCAGCAGCAUCGCAAACAAUCAGCUGAGCUUUGAGGUUCAAACCUCCUUGACUUCUGACUUCCAAGCUCCGAUCGUCGAGUACACGCCAAUGAUUGAUAAGACGACUCCCACCUUCCGAUACUCCAAGCUUGGGCUUACAAGUGGAGUCAUGUACUACUUCCGUGUUGUCGCGAUGGCUGACAACGGCUACAGCCAACCCACCAGCAUCGUCAAUAUCUCCGACCACUUGACGCCCGUGGUGGUGGACACAGUACCUACGUCGAUUCCAUGCUCGAGUGGCAGUGCCAUGAAAAUCAUCCUCCGACACUUUGCCUUUGAGCUUGACAGUGACGUCAGCAAGUUUCGACUCUCCUUGGAUGGCGCAGACGCAACGAUCAAUUCCGUUACACGUCAGAGCUCAAACGCUGUGAACGGAAAACCGAUUAUUUCUAUCCUCAGCCUCCAACUGCCUAACAGGCAGACGCAACUGGGAGGGCAGGGAAUUGCUGAAUUGUUUCACAACGGUCAGAGCAAGGUGAAGUUCUUGAUGCCCAGGGAUACUUGCGAGCCUCCUCAGAUCCGAUCUGUACUUGGAAAUGGCAUCACGUACAACCAAACUUCGCAGAAGUGGCAGGGCGCUGAAUGUGGCGAUAACGUGACUCUCGGAGUCUCAGGUCUGCAAGGACUCACAAACAUUCAAGUUACGAUCAUCGAUGGCAGCUCAUCGUCGUUCAGUCCCUUCUUGUUGUCUCCAGAGACUGCUGACACCCCUCAGGGUAGAGUGCACUUCAUGCAGUUCAAACUCCCCGUCGUCUGCUCCUCGUCUGUCCUGCAGAUUCAAGUAAACUUGCCAUCCUUGAACCUCUCCUGCGCGCUCUCCGUCGCUCCCAGCACGGGAUACAGCUUGCUGAGUGUCCGACCCACAAUGGUCUACGUGCACGAGUCAACAAACGUGACCCUCGUGCUGGCAAGUAACAGUCGAGCUGCCCUGCAGGUUUCCUUGGACAACGAGCUUCUCGAUUGUACUCUCAAUCAGUCGAUCACGGCAAGGACGUCGAUCAACUGUCGAGUACCUGCCAUGUCAGCAGUGACCUCGCAGUCAAAGGCCCUCAAUGUCAUCGGGCAGGGUGGCUCUGUGGUUGCAAGCGGGUACAUCGAUGUUCUCACGGACCCCUUGAAGAUUUCUUCCUUUCUUCCUUUCUCUCCUGAAGCUGAAACCCUCAACCAUUCCCUCCCAUCCUCCGGUGGCCCUGCUGUUUUGUAUCAAGACAGUCAGGAUGUUCUCUUCUUCGAACUGAGCACAACAUACAAAACCAUUCCGAUGGUGGCGAUCGUUCAGAUGAACAUUUCGAACAACCGCUCUCAGAAUUUCGUGUUCAGUGGCAAGGAAGCUCAGCUGGUGAUGGUAGGGGUGCAUGCAAUUCGUUUCCGACUGGACGUCAUCUCGAUCUUCGCAUCGAUGCCUGACGUCGUUGCCCACGGAGUCUACGGAGUCUCGAUGGCGCUCGCUGGGGGGGUCACUCUCAGGAACGACGAGGCCUUUGUGAUGCUGCCAGGAAAGAAAUGUGACGUCACUCUCGCGCCUGCGGUUGCUGUUCCUGGCUCCAACUUCUACCUCCAACUCAGUUUCCCCUCGUGCUCGAAGUGCUCUAACCCCAUCCCCAAGAGCCUUUCAUCGACUUCGAACCUGCAAGUCACUUUCGGCAUUUCGCUUGACUCGUGCUCUGACACUCCCAACUUCAGCGGCAUGUUCGGCAAAUGCGCGUCGUACGCGGUAGGAGGACUCAACCAGGGAUGGUGUGCAGCAGACGAUGUCUGUACAACCUGCGCCCUCUCCUGCUUCAACGAUGCCACUUGCGGAGGGUUAGCGAGCUCGGACUGCGGGCAUCAGGCUGUGGUGGAUCGUGUCAACCAAACGGAUGGUUUCACAGCAGUGAGCUUGAGGUACCCGACCUCCGCCAAGGGAGGAGUCGCUCUGCUCCGUUCGGACUCUGACUCAUGUUUCUUCUACGUGCCAAACCAGCUCAAGGCUGCUCAGGGAGCCGUUCGCAUGACGCAGGUCAAGGUUACACCCCCUGUCGAGGGCGAGAUGGUGGUCAGGGUAGAGAAUCUCCGGCAGAUUCUCUCCAACGAGGUUGUUGAGAUCCGUUUCGAGUCGAGCAAGCGACUUCCAAUCCUUCGAGUCUCCUGGACACCCUCACACUGCGACUUCCUCGUUCGCAGCCCCUCUGCCUUGGGCUUGUCUGGCUACAAGAACCUCAGCCUCUGGAUCGCUGGCAGUCUCACCACCAGCUUCCUCACUCACUUCCCUGCCAGCGUGAAGCCCGUCGUGCAGGUCACGAGCCCCUCCCAGCUGUUCAAGGAUGAGAUGGUUGCCCUCUCGCUCAAGGUCAGCAACGCACCAGCCAUGUCGCUGGACCGCCUUGAGGUCUUGGUCGAUGGACAAGCUGUCGGCGUGUCAGCUUUGACUCAGGACAGCACGGCAACGACGAUUGUCACGAGUGUGUUCGACACGGGGGCUGCGAGACAGGCGGUCCUCGUCCUUCGCAGUUCCCUCAAUCAGCUGAUAGAUCUGGUGCUGCCCAUCAACAUCGAUGAUCCAGUUCACUCCCCAAUGAUUCGUCAGGUCACCCCCAGCGUGAUCGCGAGCACAGGUGGCAAGCUUCAGGUAGAGAUUGACAACGUGAUCGGCUCCCAAUCUGCUACUGGAAUCGUUGCCCAGGUCCUGGUUAACAGCCAGACCUUCCAAGUGCCCAUCUCCCCUGGAUCUUUGAUAGCUGGAGCCAAUUCCAUGGCAAUGCAACUCGUCCUCCCUGACGUUUCCAUCGCGUCUCGGUCAGGAACUGUUGAGCUGCAGAUCAUGAUCAACCAGACUCUCAGCUUCUCCAUUGAGAUCUUCGAUCCUCAGUGCGCUGCCAUCACCCGGGUCUCCCCAUCCUCCAUCUCCAUGGACGGAGGCACUAAAGUUACCGUAGAGCUCCACACGACUCAGUCGAUCAGCAGCAGUCUAGACUUCGUCGUCCGACUGGGUCCUGUCUCCAUCCCCGUUGCCAAGUUCGAGCAGAUAGACUCUCGUUCCAUCGUGCAAUUUGAUUCACCCAAAUAUUGGUCUCAAGUCGCCGCUAAUGUGUCCCUUCAGAUCAGCAUCAACGGAUUCCCCCAGCGCUGUCAAGUGCAAGCGGAUGUAGAGUUCUACUCCCCGGUUCCGAGGCUGCUUGCUGUCUUCCCUCAGAACAUCUCUAACCUUGGAGGAGAUAUCGUCUCCGUCCUGCUGGAGGGUGUGGACCCCUCUACGGUCUUGGCUGUUUCUCUCGACAACUCGCUUGUGCAGUUCCAGUCAGUGAUGGUGUCCAAGGCAGAGACUCUGAUUCGCUUAGUCGCCCCUGUCCUCAUGAAGGGACCUGCCGCUAUCACGGUCACGAGCACAGGCCGAGAGUUCAGCUCCAUGCUCACAGUCAUGGACUCGUACACUGUCAGUGAAGCCGAGCUCAACCCCAGCACCGGGCCAUCAGCCGGGAACUGGUACCUGCAGGCUACGUUUGCCCUCCUCGACCCCAGCUUCUCUGGUUGUGACUUCACAGCAUUUGUUGGGCAGAGAGUUGCGGAGGUCAGUGACGUCCAACGGACUCUUGACAAGACGGCCAACUCCAUCACUCUAACUGUUCUUGUUCCUCCCAUGCCGACUGGCCAGCAAGCUGUGAGCUUCUAUGGCAUCUGCCAAGGCUCCGCUAGCCCCAGCCUCCUUGCUGCGGGUUAUGUGAACAUCAUGGUCACCAAGUCGUUCCAGCUGGUAAAAGUUGAUCCCCCGCAAGUGCAGGCUGACGAGCAGAAGACGCUCAAUCUCGAGCUCCAACAAGUUCCUCUUAACGCGACACUGUCGGACUUUGACGUCGACGUCAGCGGCGUCUCCUGCACUCCUCUGGAUCUUAUCGUGUCUCACGUUGACUCGGCCCUGCUGGUCUGCUCCUUGCAGCAGCCUCUGCCCAAGGGCUCAUGGGCUGGGAGCGUUUACCUGUUCAAGGGCGCCAUCAACCAGCAGGUCUCCUCGUUCCGCCUCGCAGUGGUCGGGGGGGCGCAGCUUGUCCUCGCCCAGCCUUCCUCUGGCCCUGCCCUCGGCGGAAACCCCGUCAGGGUCCUGGCCAAGAACUUCCCCCUGACGUCGAUGUCGCAAGUUUUCGUUUCUGUUGGAGGCAAACCAGCGGCUGUGUUCAACUUGAGGUCCUCCAGUCAGUUCGAGACCGAGUUCUCCUUCGUCGUUCCUCCCACCAGUUGCGAGCAGGCCUGUCAAGCGAUGGUGGAGAUCACCGACAUUGUGUCUGGCUCCUCGAUCUCUUUCAGUUAUCAGUACAACGACCCUCGUCUGCACGCGUCGGGUCAGCAAGUUUUCUUCGCAGAUGGCAGGGUUGAGUUCCAGCUCUCAUUGACUGGCAUGCCGGCGGUGAAGAGCAAACUUGAGCUUCAGGUCGCCAUUGAAUCUCGUUGGUUGCAGGAUCAAGAGUUUGACAUUGUGUCUGCUGAUCACUCUUGGCUGGUGCUUGCGAUCAAACCCAUCGGAACUCAACUCGACAGUCUCAGUGAGAUCAACGGAGUCGUGCUGUCAACUCUCAAUCGUGACUUCUCCGUCGGCUUCAAGGUUGCCUUAGGCAAAGGGAACGUUCCUCAGGUCCUCAACGUCUGGCCUCGCUCGCUGCCUCUGGGUCUGCCAUCGAAGUUGGAGGUGAUCAUUCAGGACUACCCUCUCUUCCCCAGCAUGUCCUUCGAUCAGAACUACAAGGAUAUCUCUGGCCCGGUCUCUCCUGCCCUCUACGUCAAGUCUGAUGUCAGGGCCAGCAUCGAGUCCUUCGAGUUAGUCAGGACUCAGAUCUACAACGUGAGUGCCGUUGUUCGAGUGGUGAUGCAGGUUUACUCCGCCACGUCGUCGAGCUCCAAGAUCACCAUCCGCGCGGCCAGUCGUGACGUCGAGGUCGACGUCUCCUUCUACGACCUCAGCACUCCGACCCUCCUGGACCUCAACCGGAUGAGCGGGCCCCUGGACGGCUCGCUCGUGAUAGCGCAGGUCGGAGGCUUCCAAGUCAACGACAUGAAGUCGAUCUAUGUGGGUGCUGGAGGCGCCAACGCCCAAGUGCAGGAGGUUAUCCACGCCUCCUCCGUCACUACAGUUGCCUUCUACGUCCCUCCCAUGAUGACGAUGGGACCGCUUCCCAUCCGAAUCUCAAGCACCGACACCAACCAACCGUAUGUUACUUUCCUCUACUCUCUGCAGCAAACUUGCGACUACACCUGGUUCUGCGCUCAGAAUGUCUUGUUGGCUCCGGUGAGUUUUCGCAUGUCGCCCGCUGUUUGUGGUGACAUGUCUUCACAGGUUCUUGCACCUCAGUCCUGCGAUGCCGCAAGAUGUUUUGAUCUCCGUGCAAAGCAAGCUCCUGUCCUCAACAGGGUGAGCGUCAGUGAAGGCCCGUUAACGGGAGGAACGCUGAUCGAGCUCCGCAUCUCCAACGUCACUCUGCCGCUCCAUGAUGUCUUGGUUGUUUUCGGCUCUAGGGCCGCAAGGGUGGUGGAGAUGAUGGCAGACCCUGUAGAGCAGAGCCUGUCGGUUGUCGUGGUCAACCCAGAACGAGCGACGGAGGGGCUCUGCCGGGCGCUUGUGAAGUUCCUAAGCCCCCAAAUCUCCGACGUUCAGUUUGACUUCCUGUAUCGACCUGUGGCCGUCAGCCCUGCCAUCGCUUCUUUCUCUCCUCAGAGUUGCGUCAUUGGUGGAACUUUCAACCUGACGGUCUCCUACCAAGGGUGGUCUCCCAUCCUGCAACAAGAGACGGUCAGGUUGGUCAGUGCCGCGGGAGUAUCAACGGCAGGGAGCGUUGUCGUCUCUGACUGGACCUCAACUGUCCUCUCCUUCGAAUCUCUGGCGUGUCCCGCUAGCGGUGACAAGUUGUCUCUGGCACUAGCUCGAUCGAGCCAGGCUCUCACCCUCAAUGUCACCCUCAAGGUGGACGCUAUGGACUCGAAGCUUCUCUCCUACUACCCCGCUAUCGGGCCUCUCAAUCGCACGUCUCAGGUGUUUGUUCGCAUCCGAAGCUCCAGCUCUUCUCAGUUCGUGUUGGCCUUGACCAACUUGAGCGGUGCGGUCAACAGCAGUGAUUACCUCUCGACCCCAGCGCAGAACGUCGUCUGCAACGGAGUCUCAUACAACCGAAUCUGCUCCAUGACUUUCACCAUUCCUGCUCGGGCCUCCCCUGGCCCUGCUCGUUUCACCCUGUUGCAGGUGCUUGAUGGCGCCAUUGACUGGAGCUACACGCAGACUAACCUGACCCACAUCGAAUCGAUCAGCACGACGAGCUCGUCGAUAGCUGGAGGGGACGUGGUCGAGAUCGCUCUGCAGAGAUUCCCGCAGCUGGUGACAGCAGCGGAGGCGGGCGAGGACUUCUUGAAUCAGGUUCAGAUCGCCUUCGGGCCGUUCAGUGGGACCGUCAAGAACAUCUCGUGGAGUGACGAGCAGAGGGGGGCUGGAGAAGCUCCUCUACGAACCGUGAUCGAGUUCGUGACUCCGUCAGUAUGGAUGCCGAUGAGCACGACUGUUCUGAUCUUCCAGAGCUACAACACCGAGCACUUUGCCAGCUACCAGCACCAGUUCUACACUCCUGCUGUUGCCGUGCGUCAACCGGAGUGCAGCGUGACUGGAGGUUGCAAUGUCGAGCUUACGAUCUUGAACUUCUUCGCUGCCAACUCCGAUCACAUCAAGGUGAACGUUGGAGGGCAGGAGGCGACGAUCGUCGCAGGUUCUUUCGUCCAGUCUGGCUUCGACCUGGUUGUCAAUAUCACAGUGCCAGCAGCGAAACUUCCUGGUCGAGUGACCCUGCAAGUCCGCAACUUGUUGCUGGGGACUGUGGCGAGUGCGAGCUUCACCUACAUCGCAGCCCCUGAGAUGAGGCUCCUCACUCCCUCCACGGCCUCAGCUCACGGAGGCAGCCAAGUUGAAGUCUUGCUGCUUAACUUCCCGAUGGUUUCUUCCUUCCAGAGUUUGGGCGUCAGCUUAGGAGGCGUCAACAGCUACAGGCUGAUCUCAACUGACGAGACGGAGACAGCUGUCGCUGCUCUCCUUCCUCUUGCCUCUUCUGGUGCCGCCAGUCUCCCCCUCUCUGUCGUCCCUCUAGCUCAGCGCAGCAUCUUCCCUGGUGUUGUGCUGACCGCGGCGGUGGAGAAGGUGUGGGACACGGCGAGGGUUGAAUCAGUCACUCCUGCCACGCUCAAUGAAGGAGCUGAGAACAUGCUCAAGUUGGUCCUUGCCAACUUCGGUGGCACUUCAGCGAACUCGGACGUGCUGAGCAACUUCGAGCUGACCGUCGGCCCGUACUUCGGCAAGCUGCACAGUGUGAGUUACGACGACGAGUUUGCUUCUGAGGUUACCUUCCUCCUGCCUCCGAUCACGUUCGGACAGUAUGACCUAGUCGUACGACGGGGCAACUUCAUGGCAGCGACCAGGAUGCGCGUUGACUCGCCUCGACAGAGGGUCGUGCAGGUGAUCGGGGGAGAGGGCUCGGCUGUGGGAGGCAACAAGGUGCUAGUGAGCGUGCUCGGACUUGUCGCACCGCGGGAAGUGAGCGAUGUGCAAGUUGUGUUCGCAGGGAAGGAGCCGGCAGUGAUCGGCAACAUCACCACAGACAGCGGGAUGACAAGCUUCGUGCUGGUCGCUCCUCCCUCGGCGCCGCAGCUGGAGGGACGGGAGGUGGUUGAGGUCUCAGUGUCUUUCCGUCAGGAGGUUGAGAACUCGCUCAGCUUCGAGUACACCUACAUCCACAGCCUCCAAGUCCGUCGAGCCCGCCUGACUCCCGACGGGAGGAUGCUGCUAGUCACCAUGAACCAGCCCAUUGACCUCCAAGGGAUCGGCUCGGUGGUGAUGGGAACGGCCAACGUCGGGGACAAGACGAUGUUUGGCUGCAGCCGCUUGUUCUCAGGCGAUACAGUGACAGCCUUCGGCUACGACGCUUCUUGCUACUUCAGCUCCGACGUCGAGCUCGUCGUCGCGUUGGGUUCGGGAACGACUCUCAAACAAGGUUACAUUGGUAUGCUUGACGCCGCCGUCUCCCCGACCAACCAGCACGCGCGCGACCUGCCAGUUCACCUCGGGUUCACAGUCAUCGAUGACUUUGUGACCUCGAGACCCAGCAAGUUGGGUCACCUCUACGGCCCCUCGAUGUUCGGGCCGUGCGAUGACGUGGAACUGGCGAUAGACUUGGAGAGCAUGAGAAGGCCGCUCGCGGUCGAGUGGAGGCUCUUCACCACUGGGUUGCAGGAGGUUGCAGGAGUGCUGGUGGAGCAGACCUCUCUCAAGAUCCGAGUGGGACCAGAGGCGUUUCCUCUCGACGUCAACGACUUCGUCGUCAUGUGUCGCGUCACUCUGCUCGGCGGUCAAGUCCUCUCGUUCCAGCAUCGCCUGCAUCGCAAGCGAUUUGCCAUCCCCGCCGCCUACCUGCAGGUCAUCGGGUAUCAGCCGUCUAGUCAACCGCUGGAGCUCAUCGCAGACUCGAGACAUUCGGCGUGCCUGGAGGUAUCGCUAGGCAUGUCGGCGCCCAACGCCACCAUGCAGUACGAGUGGUACGAGCUGAGCGAUCAGACGCCCUUGCUGAUCAGCGGAGAGACAGCCUACCGGCUGCGAACUAGCGCGACCAACGGAGUCAGAGUGAGGUUGACACCCAAGAUUGACCCCUCUGCGGUCAUCGAGAUCGACGCGCAUGCUCCCACGAGACUGGAGCCCAUGUUGGUGAAGUUGCAGGGCGGCAACCGGAUGGUCUCGCCGACUGAACAAGUCGUCUUGGAGGCGGUUGUCUUGCACUCCAACUCGGCCGGAGCUCUCGGGUACAGCUGGCAGUGCUUGACUGGUGCAGAUCCUUGCAGGCUCUCGGACGGGAGCAUGCUCAUGCUGACCGAUGGCGUUAGCAUGAGUGUCGAUGCAGCGACUUUGGAGGCAGGCAAGGUCUACUCCUUCCGCGUCAUCGUCUCGUCGUCCAUGGAGUUCGCCGUAGCGACUUCAGACCUCGUGGUGGGAGGCAGCGCCGUGACUUUGUCGACCAUCCGAAUCUUCCAGAAGUUCAGCGAGGUCGAUUGCUUCGAGGAGGUACAGGGCGGCAUCGACCUCCUCGCCAACGCCUCCAGCUCGUUCCCAGCUGCCCUCCAGCUGAUUUCCUGGACGUUCAAUGACACCUUCCCCUACCCCUCCACGAACUCACUCGAGCGUCAGGGCGCAGCGCUGGCGGUUGCUGGGGUCGAGCUGGGCAAGGUGGAAGGAAGCAGCGUCAUCGCCGUAUCCCAACCUCACGCUCAUCCCGCUAGCUGGUGCAAGCUCAAGGUCGUCCCCCAGCCUCCUGGCGGGUCUUGUCGGCUUGUCCUCCUCCAGGCAGAGAGUCUGCCGUUCAACGCUGCUCUGCGAUGCGAAGGGUUCGAGGGAGGACUGGCGGCAGGGCUGAGCUACUCGUACGAGCUGGAAGUGACGAGCGGGCGGUACUUCUCCCUGGGAGUGAAGAGGAGCGAGCAGGAAAUCAUUCUUCCCAGCGGGAUGCUCAACGUGACCGUCAACGUGGUGGAUGAGGCAGGGGCGACAACUCGAGUCGUCCUGCCCUCCUUUCAAGUCCCAUCGCGAUCCAUCGGCCACGAGAACUUGCUCGCACUCAAGGCGAGAGUUGAAGAGACCGGGAGAUCCGACAUGUUGUGGGCUGGAGUUUUGGCUGUGCAGUCGAACUUGGGCAGUCAAAACUUGACGCUGCGCCAGGAGCUCUUUUCCCUCCUCUUCCCCGUCAUGCAGCAACUCUAUCAGGCCCAGCAGCCCUCGCAAGACUCGAUCCUACACACCCUUCAAGUCCUGACGCUGCUGACUCAGCCUCCAGUCCAGCUCGACCCCAGCGACGUUACACUUUGCGUCCAGUCCUUCGAGUCGCUCUUGUACACGAUGAAACAGCUGGGCGUGCAGGAGAUGAGCGUGACGCAGCUGAAGCAGCUGCUGGUCUUGGCGAAUCACAUCGCCGUCAGCGUCUCCUCGCUCAGCCUCGACCCCUCUAGCGCCUCCUCCCUCGCGCGCAAGUGGUGGACCAACGAGAUGUUGGCUGCGGACUUCAUCGCCUCCUUCGCCAUGCAGUUCGCCCUCACCUCAGGCUUCGAUCGCCUCCUCCUCUCGCGGGUCGCCAUGCAGCAGCAGGUUGUCAGUGUGGACGCGCUUCUAGCAGGCCCGCUGGAUCUUUCCAUGCCCGACCAACCGGUGACCCUCUCCCUCGCUCCCGCUGCUGUCUCGGACCCCGUCCUUCAGAUAGCGGCAGGCCGAUCGGUCGCCGUCAGCCUCUUGGAGUCCAGGCCCUCCUACACCGGAGACUUUCUCCUCCUCUCCCGCGCCGUCAGCCUCGCCGUCUCCUCCUGGCCCGACGCCUCCCUCGCCGAUCGCGUCAACGCCUUGGGGGUGACGGUCGACCUUGUCUUCUCCGUCCCAAGCCAGCUCCAGCAGGAUCCCAGCAGGAGCGGGGUGGUUUGUGUGGUAUGGGACGCUGUGAGCGACAGCUGGGCAGAAGGAUGCAGGUUGGAUGCGAUCCUCCAGCUCUACGACGAUGCGGGCGCAGUCAUCGCGGGCAAGGAGAAGGCUGUGUGCGUCUGCCCAGCCCUCUCAACCGUCGCCGUGGGGCAUCGGCCGCCUGUCAAUCACUUUCUCUCGCCCACGCCCGAGUGGGGGGACGUGCUUGUGGUCAAGGCAGGGGAGAAGCUCUCCCUCCUCCUUCGCUUCGCUCUGACGCAGGGGUCCUCCGUCGAGCUCGUGCCCUCCCUGCUCUCCUCGCCCCCCUCCUUCGAGCCCUUGGGCAAGUCUCCCAUGCUCCCGGGCCCUGGCAACUCCUCCGAGGUCAACGUGACGUGGGUGCCGAUGGUGGAAGGGAAGGAGACGCUGGUGCUGGAGCUCAAGGUCGACGGAGUGACGAGAGACGAGCGCAGGCUCGUCGUCCGCGUCCUCUUCUGCGAGCACUGGGUCAUGGAUGGGGAGACGCUGCAGGACGUCGCGCGGCUCUACGGGACCAACUGGCAGGCUCUCUUCGCCAUCAACCCGGACCUCCUCUCCGUGCGAGGAGCAGCCCAGGUGGCUGCGCAGGCGUGGGGAGGACGCGGGUCGGUGUGGGAGUGCGGGGAAGGCGUCGGGUGCUUGAGGAGGACGGAGCGGCGGCUGGUGCAGGCCAACGUGCUGCAGGUGGGGUAA